AAAGUGAAAGUAACUUUGAGGGAACGGGGAGAGGCUGAGCUGUCUGUGCCUGCUGUGUGUCAGCUUCACUCAGAGACUAAAUGGCUUCAAGAUUAGAGGAAGAUUUCUGCUGUUCUGUCUGUCAGGACAUCUUUAAAGAUCCUGUCAUCCUGUCAUGUAGCCACAGCUUCUGUAAAGACUGUCUGCAGAGCUGGUGGAGAGAGAAACAAACACGGGAGUGUCCAGUUUGUAAGAGAAGACAUUCACAGGAAAUACUACCUCCUAACUUUGCUUUAAAGAACCUUUGUGAGAGUUUCUUACAGGAGAGAGAUCAGAGAGCUUCAGAGGCUCUCUGCACUCUGCACUCUGAGAAACUCAAACUCUUCUGUCUGGACCAUCAGCAGCCAGUGUGUGUCAUCUGCAGAGAUUCAGAUAAACACACCAACCACAGAUUCAAACCCAUCGAUGAAGCUGCACCACAACACAGGAAGAAACUUGAGGAAACUCUGGAGCCCUUAAAGAAGAAGUUAAAGGAUUUUGAACAGGUUAAAGUGAAGUGUGAUCAAACAGCAGAACACAUUCAGGUCCAGGCCCGACGCACAGAGAGGCAGAUUAAGGAGCAGUUUAAGGAGCUUCACCAGUUUCUAGAGGAGGAAGAGGAGGCCAGGGUGGCUGCACUGAGGGAGGAAGAGGAGCAGAAGAGUCAGAUGAUGAAGGAGAAGAUGGAGGCUCUGAGCAGAGAGAUAGCAGCUCUUUCAGACACAGUCAGAGCCACAGAGGACGAGCUGAGAGCUGCAGACGUCUCAUUCCUGCUCAACUACAAGGCUGCAGUGGACAGAGUCCAGCAGCGCCCCCUGCUGGAUGAUCCACAGCUGCCCUCAGGAGCUCUGAUAGACGAGGCCAAACACCUGGGCAACCUGACCUUCAACAUCUGGAACAAGAUGAAGGACGUGGUCUCCUACACUCCUGUGAUUCUGGACCCAAACACUGCUCAUCCAGAACUCAUCCUGUCUGAAGAUCUGACCAGUGUGAGACAAGGAGAGGAGAGACAGCAGCUUCCUGAUAAUCCAGAGAGGAUUGAUGACUUUCCCUGUGUCCUGGGCUCUGAGGGCUUUAACUCAGGGACUCACAGCUGGGAUGUCAAGGUUGGAGACAGUAAAUGUUGGUCACUGGGUGUGUUAGCAGAGUCUGUCCAGAGGAAGGAAUACAUACAGUCUGGAUUAUGGACAAUAUGGUUCCGUCACGGUGAAUACAGAGCGUCCUCCCCGCCAGAUCGACUAGCUCUCCCAUUGAAGAAGAAGCUCCAGAGGAUCAGAGUGAAUCUGGACUUUACGAGACAAAAGCUGUCGUUCUCUGAUCCUGAUACUAACACACACAUACACACCUUCACACACACUUUCACUGAGAGGCUGUUUCCAUUCAUUGUCAGUGUGAGUAAAGUCCCUCUGAAGAUUUUACCAGUGAAGGUCUCUGUGACUGUAGAACAACAGAAAUAGAUGGUGGUCAUGAUGGCGGUGAUGAUGAUGAUGAUGGACAUCAAUCAGUUCAUGUUUAUUUCAAGACAAACUGAAUUUCCUUCACUGACACUUGGAGGAACAUGUGACUGUGUUGUCCUGAUGAUGUUGGUUGUCAUGGUGAUGAGGAUGACAGCUACUGUAUAAAAUGGUGCUCUGGCCUAAACAAAAGGAGAAUAUAGAUGAAGCUGGAAACCUGGUCUCGCUGUAGAGCUUUAGUUCUGACUGUAAAACUAACAAAGACACUUUCGUCUAAAUUUGAAUGUGAUGUUUGCGUGAUGAUAUAAUUUAUGUUCCACACUACUGUUGACAAGUUUGUAAUCACCUGCCACUAAAGCUUGAUGUGGUCCAGUCAGAUGAGUGUGAGGACUCAGGGGCGUAAAUAUGGACAGUGCAGGCAGGGUGGUUGCACUGGGGCCCAUGGGCUGAGGGGGCCCAUGGGCUGAGGGGGCCCAUGGAGAGUGUGGGACCUCCAAGAAUAUGUGGAGGCAGAAAAUGAGCCCUUGCAAGUAAUUCAGAUUGCCACCUUAGAAAUAAGCCUGUAAUCAAGAACU